CGUAUGUAGAGAGUUCCUUCCUAGACGAAGAUGGCGGCUCCCUUAACACUUGUUCUGAUUGUGGCUGUAACAAUCAGAGCAGCAUUGUUUAGAUCGAGUCUAGCUGAAUUGAUUUCUGAGAGGGUAGAAGUGGUAUCGCCGUUAAAUGCCUGGAAACGAGUUGUGGAAGGCCUUGCUUUGCUGGAUCUGGGUGUGUCACCUUAUUCAGGAGAUGUGUUUCACGAGACGCCACUCAUCAUAUACCUCUUUCACUUUGUCGUCGACUAUGCAGAAAUAGUAUAUAUGUUAGCAGAUUGUAUCACUGCAGUGGCACUCUACUUGGCAGUACAACACUACAAUAAGAAUGUGUUCAGAAAACAGAAGUAUGCAUUGAAAGAUGACAGAUACCCACACGACUGUCUGGAACUCAUGCGAAGCCCUAAAGAGAUGUUCUACAUCCCUCUAAAAGUGGCAAUGUUCUAUCUGUGGAACCCUUUCACUAUUCUCUCCUGUGUUGCAAAGUCAACGUGUGGACUCAACAAUGCAGUCAUCGCACUCUUUAUACUGAGUACCAUAAAAGGAAGUGCCUUGUUGAGUGCGAUAUUUUUAGCCCUGGCAACAUACCAAUCCAUCUACCCCCUCACCCUGUUUGCCCCUGCGCUAAUUUACCUGCUCCAGAGGCUGUGCCUCCCAGUGAACCUUCGCAGGCCCAGUUUUUGGCUGUUCGCCUCGCAGUAUGCGUUCAUGUACUUUGGGAGCCUGUUGGUCAUUGUCUGUCUCUCGUUCUUCUUGCUCAGCUCUUGGGAUUUCAUUCCCUCAGUGUAUGGCUUCAUACUAUCCGUGCCAGACCUCACCCCAAACAUCGGUCUCUUUUGGUAUUUCUUUGCCGAGAUGUUUGAGCACUUUCGCCUUUUCUUCAUCUGUGUGUUCCAGAUCAACAUAUUCUUUUACUCUAUUCCUCUGUCCAUCAAACUAAAGGACCAUCCAGUGUUUCUCAUGUUCAUGCAAAUAGCCGUCAUCUCCAUUUUCAAGUCCUACCCCACGGUCGGGGACAUUGCGCUGUACAUGGCCUUUCUGCCGGUGUGGAACCACCUGUACAGAUUCCUUAGGAACAUUUUCCUGGUGUGCUGCGUGCUGCUUGCCUGUUCGGCCCUCUUCCCGGUUCUGUGGCAUCUAUGGAUUUACGCUGGCAGUGCCAACUCCAACUUCUACUAUGCCAUCACUCUGCUCUUUAACUUGGCACAGAUUCUGCUGGUGUCCGAUUACUUCUACGCUUACCUGCGACGGGAGCAUCACCUGAGCCACGGCCUGUACCUGAAGAGGAAAGAUGGCAGCGAGGCCACACUGGUGCUUAAGUAGCCCUGGCUUUAGGACUGCGGGGGAAACAGUUGGACUCAAACAGGCCUUUUUUCAGACAGGUUUUUUUUUCUCACUCCUUUUUGUGUUUUUUUUUUCUCAUGAUGAAGUAUCCUCACAUGGACCAAAGCUGCUGUGAAGAUAUUCUCUGCAGGAUUAUCGUGUGAAGGACUGGAAGCUGCGGAUUGAUGCCAUUGUGCCUUGGUCCGUGCUUCAAAAAAAGAAAAGAUAAAAAGUCUGGAAUGUUUGAGAUGCCUCUAAACUGUGUGGUCGAUUGCUGGUUGUUUGCUUCCUUUUUGUUGUGUUCGUCCUGCUUUCUUAUGAUAAAAACUGAAGUCCUCUCAUAGUGAAGCAGAGCUGCAGUUCCCAUAUUGUCCUGUGGAGGGAGCUAUGUGAACACUGAAAUGACACUUGGCGGUGCAAACAAGAUAUGUGUGCCACAUACUUGAAUGACACUGCAUACUCCCUCCCUAAUGUGCUUACCAUGGUUACAGACAUCAGACCCUGCCAUGGUGAUCAUGGCCCAUAUUUUGUGGGGCUUUUGAUAAGGGACUUUGAUUCAUGCAUGCACUGUUUGUGAAUGUUAUCAUAGCUAUGAGGUUGAAUGGGAAAAUGUUAGAGAUCACUAGGUCUAUAUUCAGAUGUUUCGUUUCACAUUAGCUUAUAUGUAUAGAUCAUAACCAUUGUACUCUGCUUAUCUGAAUGUGGGCGAUAUCCUCUGCUGCCAUGUAGUGUUGCUGAAUGUUAAUUUUUAUUCUAUAACAUUGGCUAGCAUUGGUUAAUAUGUUUUAUUUGUGAUCUAUAUGUCAUAUGCACUGACUUUGUUUUUUUGUAACUAAGUGAAAUUGUUGACAUCUCUGCACACUGUUAGUUAGCAUGCAUGAUGGGAAUGAUGAUUGCUGAGGGACUCAAGCCUCUAGGCAGCUGAAAGUGGACAUGAAUCUGGAGCACCAGGUGUUGCAGCCCUCUUUAGCUAUGUGACCUUAUGUUGUCAAUGAAGAGAUGAGUCUGCCCCCGUCCGGCUCGCACAAGACCUCCACUGGCUUGGUGUUGGAAUUUUCCAUCUUCCGCUGUCUGUCUUUUGUGUGUGUGUGUGUAAAGAGAGAGAAGGGGGUGGGUAGGGUCUAUUUAUAUGUCACAAAAUGUUGUAUUACAAGGUUGGUCAUUCUUCCAAAGUGCAGUUCACAAGUCAUAAAAAAGCCAAAGGCCUCUGUUUGUAAACAUGAGGAACGUGUGGCCAGAUCCUAGAUGUUUGACACACUGUUGUAUGCAAAUAGGGCUGUCACAGCAUGGAAAAAAACAAAGCCGCUGUUAAAUCUUCUUGCCACCCAACCCCCCUCCCACCCCCUAUUAUCAACCCUUUGCCAAAAGUUCUAGGAUGUGAAGUGUGGAAACAACACCAAACUCUUUCCUGUUACUUUGCUGUGCCAUGAUCCAUAUGUAAGUACAGACUACUAUAAAGGACUGUAUGGUAGGACACUAGAUUGAUGAUGGUGCUUGAGGGUUAAUUUUGACCGUUGGAGGUAUGUUUGUUUAAGGUUUUUUUGUUUGCUUCUUUGUUUAUUUUUGUAUUUGUGUGUGUGUAUGUGUUAUUACUGAGAGUGUUGUUAUUUUUUUUUUCUUUUGCACAACAACAAAGGGAUUGGGUUAAGCAGUUUCUCUAACCUGUUCAAAACAAACUCACAGACUGGACUUUGACAUCAUCAUUAAAUGGCCUUUUUAUUUAUGCCCUAAUUUA